AUGCUCUUAGCAAAUAAUAAAAAAAUACAUCAAAGUUGGACAAAUAACAAUUUUGCUGGAAAAGAUUGGUUCCGAGAUUUCUUAGCUAGAAACCCGGAAAUAAGCUCAAGGACGCCUCAAGCCACCAGUUUGUCGCGAGCUACAAGUUUCAACAAAAAAAAUGGAACAGACUUUUACGAAAACUUGAAGCAAGUGCGAGAAAAGUAUAAUUUUGAGACACAAAAUAUAUAUAAUUGUGAUGAAACUGGCUGUACUACUGUCCAACAAUGCCCCAAAGUAUUGGCAAGUAAAAAAGCCAAGCAAGUAGGACAUGCCACCUCUGCUGAAAGAGGUACUCUGGUUACAGUCUGCUUGGCUGUAAACGCCAUUGGAAAUGCCAUGCCUCCUUUUUUCAUAUUUCCGCGUGUUAAAUACCGACCUGACUUUGUUGAUGGGGGACCUGAAGGGUCUGAUGGAGAUUCAUACAUUACGGAUUGGAUGACUGCCAAGAGCUUCCUAAAAUUCAUGAAACAUUUCAAAAAGCACUCCCAUGCAUCGAAAGAUAAUCCCGUGUUAUUAAUUCUUGAUAACCACGAAAGCCAUGUGAGCAUCGAAGUGAUAAGUUAUGCAAAAUCCAACGGCAUCACAUUGCUUACACUUCCGCCCCAUUGCAGCAAUAAGUUGCAACCUUUGGAUAUCGCUAUAUAUUCGUCAUUUAAAUCGAGAUAUAAUACUGCGUUGAGCAACUGGAUGCUUUCAAAUCCUGGAAGGACAGUAACGAUAUACCAAAUUCCUGGAUUCAUCUAA